CAGUUUUGUUUUUCACAUCUUGGAGUUAAGUUCCGUUUUUACACCAUCGUCACUACAGCACUACAUGUACCGAGUCACAGUCUGUUUGACCGCGCCCUAAAGAGACUCAGAUCAAAGAUCGGAGAGAGUCUCCACCUGCUCCGUAAAACAACACAACACACAAGUCCACGAACAUACAGCAGAUCUGACACGACCCUGAGCUGAGAUGGAGACUUACACAGAAAAGAUAGAGAUCACAGAAGGAAACAAACACCUGACGUUGCCUGAAUUAAAGGAGCCUGAACAAAAACAGCAAAAACCCAUAAAAUAUCUGCAAAAGAUUUCACCAGAUAAUAGAUAUAAAAUCCCAGCCUACCCCAGACCAGAGCUCCACAUCACCCACGUGAGCCACAGCACCAAGUGGGAGGGUUUGGACGGUAUCAAGACUGACGGAGGAUUCAGAGAUCCAAAAAUGAACAGUAGGGUGAAGGUGGUGUGGUUCAGUCUGACCGUCACUCCUGAAGAUCUGAGCGACGCAGAGACCAGGGACCUGACGAUAGUGCGUCCAGGAGGAGUCGAAGAGCAGUCUGCACCGAUCAGGAGAAGAGCUCAGGAGGAGGCAGGUGGAGCUCAGGGGGAGGCAGGUGGAGCUCAGGAGGAGGCAGGUGGAGCUCAGGGGGAGGCAGGUGGAGCUCAGGGGGAGGCAGGUGGAGCUCAGGGGAGGCAGUGGAGCUCAGGGAGGCAGGGGAGCUCAGGGGAGGCAGGUGGAGCUCAGGGGAGGCAGGGUGGAGCUCAGGGGGAGGCAGGUGGAGCUCAGGGGGAGGCAGGUGGAGCUCAGGGGGAGGCAGGUGGAGCUCAGGGGGAGGCAGGUGGAGCUCAGGAGGAGGCAGGUGGAGCUCAGGGGGAGGCAGGUGGAGCUCAGGGGGAGGCAGGUGGAGCGGUUGGAGCAGGGGUCCUGGUGAGAUUUGCCACGUCUCCGGUGUUUUUGUCCAGUUCCAGGUACGGCUCGUAUCGUUUCACCUUUGACCUGCGGGACGUCCUGCAGCAGUACAGCGAGCAGUUUUGUGGUGGUCAGACUCCUGUCAUGAGAAAGUGGAAAACCGUGCUGUACUCACAGGAAGUGUUGUAUGCAGUGCUGGUCCACAGCCCGGAUCAUGAGGACCAGAAGGCCUUUGAGGACCAGGAGGUCUUAAAGAACCCUAACCUUAAGAACUGUAAAAUCAGAGACGUCCCUCUGCUGGAGGAUACACCAAACAGCAUCUGUGCGUUCAGACAGGAGCCUGAGCCGCACUUCGUCUGGAGACCACAGGCCAUGUGUGAGACACACGAGUUGGAGCUGGUGGGCACUGGGGAGGAUGUGUCUGUUGAAGAUGGUCAUUGUGAGUUUUUCGUGUGGGAUCAUGUGGCUCUGGCUCUGGUCGUGGGUGAGGAGGUGCUGCGUUUCGAUGACGAUAAGCUGCGGAAGAGCCUGAGAUUCUGUGAGAGAGGUGAACGAAAAAUCAACCUCAUGAUAACAUUUGAGUCAUACCACUGCGCCAACAGCUGUGUGCAGGACCUGUGGCCAGAUUCAGAAGAUCUGGAGAGAUAUAAUAAGUCUCGUUUCCAUAUUCCUACAGGACAUUAAAUCUAUUUUCUGACCUAUGUUCAAAUGUAGUUUCCUCACAAACAAAUCUGGAGUUGUGUUUGUUUCAUUCACACGUUUAACACACAAACCCUGCAGAUUUAGGCUGAGUUUCCGCUCUCUACUGGACAAAAGGUAAAAGGAGCUGUUAACUUGAAAACGACCACUUCGUGACAUCACAAGGUGGAACAGAGCGUUUUGACUUUUGGAGAUGUAGACAGACAAACACGUGUGAAGGAAACACAACUCCAGGUCUGUUUUUUGAGGAGGUAACAACAUUCCAACAUUGUUUAUAAUUCACAAGAGUCAGUUUUGUGGAAUAUGGGACCUUUAAAUAUAAUCGAUAAACUUUUACUUCUGUCAUUCUUCUCUUAAUCAUGUUGAAAGCGUUAAUGCAUUUGUUCAAAAGUGAAACCAAAGUAAUGCACUCUGUAGUUUGGUGCAUUUGGAGUUACAGAUUUGUAAUGUAAUUAUUGGUCCUGAAGCUCAGAGAGAGAGGCUCAAAGUUAAGCUCCAACCCUCCUCACUGAACCUGUGACAGGGUCAAACGUUUAGGAGUUAUUCUGGAUCAUGAGUUUAGCUUUGAGCCUCACAUCAGGUCCAUCACUAAAUCUGGUUUUCAUCAUCCAAAAAAUAUUGCCAGAGUCAAACCAUUUCUCUCUCAAGCCACUGCAGAGACUUUGAUACAUGUUUUUAUUACAAUUAUAAUGCUCUGUAAAGCGUCUUUGUGACAUCUGUCUGUGAAAAGUGCCAGAUAAAUAAAAAAGUUACUGACUUACAAA